AAAUUCAAAACCGUGAAUAUUUCGGAAGUUCAUUUCCGAAAACAUAUCUGCAUAUAUAAUUUUCCCUCCUUCACUAUUUCAUCAUUUUUUCUCCAAAACUUCUCCAAACGCUCUCCAAAACUCAAUCAAUCUUCAUCCAUUUUUCGUCCUGAAAUCAAGUUUCAAACCGUUGAUCACGUUACAGGGAGCAUAGAAAGCUACAAUUUGAGGUAUGGUGCAUCCGAACAACAUUGUGCAAGACAAUGACGUAGUAGUUCCGGAAGUUGUCAACGUUAAUAACGAUCCGGUUAUCGACGUUUAAUCUAUGAUCAAUGCGGUUGAUGUACGACAACAAUUUACAAAUGAUCGGAGCUUAGGUAGUCGUGAACAAUUUCUUGAUUGGGUUCGUAACGAAGCUAGUAAACUUGGAUUUAGAAUUGUUAUUUUAAGGUCCGACAAUGGAAAUAGUAGGCGAAAAGCUUUCGUUGUUUUGAAUUGUGAACGGGGUGGGAGUUAUGUACAAUCAAACUGGGUGCUAAAACACGAAGACACGGGAUCGAGAAAGUGCGGGUGUCCGUUUAAGUUGCGUGCUACUCGGAGGGUUGAUGAUUUGUGGCGUUUAAGCGUCAUUUGUGGAGUUCAUAAUCAUGCCUUGGAUGCCAAGUUACACGGGUAUCCAAUGGCGUGUCGUUUGUCUCAUGAAGAGAAGAUUGUGAUUUCGGAUUUAUCGAUAGAUAAAGUGGCGCCUCGCAACAUACUUGCCGAUUUGAAACGGAAAAAACCGGAUAACGUUUCAAAUAUCAAGCAAGUUUACAAUGAACGACACAAUCUCAAAGUUUUGAAAAUGGGCCCUUGGUCGGAAAUGCAACAACUUUUGAAAAUAUUAGGCGAUAACAAAUAUGUGUCAAGCUUCCGAACGUCCGAGGAUAAAGUUACGAUGCGUGAUAUUUUUUGGACUCAUCCUGAAAGUAUCAAAUUAUUCAACACAUUUCCAUCCGUUGUAGUUAUUGUAAGUAUCAGAUAUGCCUAAGAGGGGGGGGGGUGAAUUAGGUUUUCAAAAAUUAAUCGGUUUUAUGAGAAUGUCUUUACUAAUUUUUUGGUUAAGUGUUUGAAGGCUUUUGAUGGUUUUUAUCUUUUUCUUGGUAAUGGUAAUGAAAGCGGUAAAAGCGAAAAGAUAAAGAACACAACGAUAUAUACUGGUUCCCCUCACAAUCCGAGAGUACUCCAGUCCCCUUUCAAACACGAAAGAGAUUUCACUAUAGUUAGAUUUAUUGUACAAGCCUAUGCCUACUAUCUAACCUAUAGGGUGAUCAAAGGUUCUUAACACCUUUAAGACCAAAACAACACUAAUGUGAAUGAAGAACAAUCCUCUUCAAACACAACACUUACUUCCAACAAUCCUGGAUAGUAAGGAAAAAUAAUUUUUUGAAUGAUACAAGAAUUUAUGAAGAUGAAUAAUAUAUCAAUCUUGGAUUGAUCUUCCCUUUCAAGCAUACAAUUCUUUUUAAUGAUAAACAAGUGUUCAAUGGAUGUAUGAUAUGAAACUUUGAUAUUUGAGUGAAAGUUGUAUGAACAAAGUUUCAAAUAAAAAUGAAGUAUGGACACUUGAAUGAUUUUUGUGAAAGAUAUGGACACUUGAAUUGUUUGAAUUAUUUGAAUGAAAGAGGUAAAAAAUAAAUUCUGAAAAAUCUGAAAUAUAUAGCCUCUAAGACACCUUUACAAAUGGUUAUUUUGUAUGGAAGGAUGCAAGAAUAAAAGAUGAAGAGGUACCUUUUGAAGAAUGAAAAGAAUUCUGAAUUUUUAAAAAUUUUCACAUGGGAACCGGUUCCCUUAAAACAGAACCCGGGUUCCCUAUAUGCAACGUUAAAAAAAUUUGAAAAUUUGAACUGGGGAACCGGUUCCCAGAAAGUGGAACUCGGUUCCUGGACUUGAUGAACGUAAAAAUGCUGGGCAGUGGGAACUGGGAACCGGUUCCUCCAAACUGGAACUCGGUUCCUACAUGCAAAAAAUACUAAAAACUCAUUUUUAAUGGCUUGAAUGAUUUUCUAAUGAAUUGCAAAUAUUAUGGAACAUGUAUGAAUGUUUGAGAACACUUGUUUAUGCAUUAAGAGAGUUGUAUAUCAUAUACCUUAAUAUUUUUUGAUCAAUGAAGUUUAAGCUCUUUUGAAAUACUUGAAUCUUUAUGCUUUCAUAUGAAUUGAUCCAUUCCUUUUGUAAUUGAAAUCUUGUCUUCAUCAAAACCAAAUUGUAGAAAGAUUGUCUUCACAUUCUCCCCCUUUUUGAUGAUGACAAAUUGCUUGAAAUUGGUAGAAUGAUGAUGUUUCUUUAACAUUUGGAUCUCCUCCCCCUAAGACAAAGCUCCC